GUAAAGGUGACUGGCUUUUCGGGUCGUGCCCGUUCCACUCCACCUCUGCUUCCUCUGUAAUGAAAGCCUGAGGAGGUGUAGUGGUGUUGAGGCAGGAAGCGGAUGAUUAAAUCACACAGGAUUACUUGUCAUAUUUGACCUGAAUGGACCCAGAGGAGAUGGAUGCAUCAACCCCUAACCGCGGCCUGCAUCAGAGCUCCGAAAAGCAUCCUUCAGAGGUUUACGUUAUUCGAUAUUAUUGAUAUCCACCUGAAGAGGGCCAUUGGUGGCGUUCCAUCUUUGAAAGCAGUGCAGCGAAGGAAUGAGGCUGUGACUCUUUUGUUUUGCACAGAAGAAGGUUGAUUUUUUUUUUCCCCCACAACCAAGAGCACAUUCCUUCCCUUGACUUGCAUCAUGGAGUCUAGCAGCCAGUCCAGCAGCCAGCAGGUUCUCUAUAAUGAUGUUGAGGGGGCCAAAGAGAAGAGGGCCAAGUACCGCAUUUACCAACGCAUGGCCCUGAUUCUGGCGUCUGUCUUCCUCCUUUUGGGACUCUGCAUUUUCAGCUUGGCAUAUCUGUGGAGCCCCACUCUUGGAAAAGUCUACGACCACGAGUACAAAGCAGUGCUGGAUGGCGUCGAGACACACGGCCUGAUGGAAAUCGACCCGAUUCAGCAGAUUGAAAUCUUUCGAAUUGGAAAUGGGAGUCAGGAGGUUCUCGAGGUUCAUGACUUUCAACAUGGACUCACCGGGAUCCGCUUUGCCGAACAUCAGAGGUGCUACAUCAGGAGCCAAACCAGGACACUGCCCACAGCAGCAGAGGUGGAAGCCGAGGAAGGCGACCUAGCGGUGGAUGCCAUGGAUACCAAAAUGGAGGAAUCCCAAGUGUGGGUUCCCGCCGAGGAGCCCAUUGUUGACCUGGCAUUCCUUUUCCAGUCCAAGAUCUGGGAAUUCUGCCAGGAACUGCCCAUCCAUUGGAUACAUCCCUCCCCAAUGAGUGAUUCGGAGACGGAGGAAGAGGAGGUGGAGCAUGUGGACGCUCCCGACACAGGGGUGAAAGGUCAUCGUUCCACCCGCGAGGUGGAGGAUCACCCUCCCGUGAAUGAUUACAGAGGUGUGGGUCUGGAGCUGGACAACCGCCUGGACGAGCGUGGUUACUGCUGCCAGUACUGUCAUCACGGCUACCGCUUCUGCCGUCGCUACCACGUGCCCCUCGGUGGCUUCAACCCGUGGCCGUACUACUACCGGGGAGGCCACGUCGUCUGCCAGGUGGUGAUGCCGUGCAACUGGUGGAUCGCCCGCAUGCUGGGGAGAGUCUGAGGGGGGUGUUGUUGUUCGCCUUGAAUCGUUGCUUUCUUGCAUCUUUCAUACCACUCGUGAGAUGAAAGUGGACCGACCGCCUUUAAUUAUUUCCAGAGCUGAGUUUUGGCGUGCUUGUCACACUAAAUGAGCCCUGGGGCAUGUUAAAGGCUUUCUUAAAAGGCGGGCGUCAUUGAUCAUUUCCUUUGCUUCUAUUUUGGUGCCUUCCUAUGUAAUGCAUGCUAGCAAGUUUGGACCAUGUUAAAUAUUUGAGGAGAAAGCUUUACAUUUUUGUUAAAAAAAAUUGCUGCAAUGUGUAAAUCGUUGCAUAUAGUAUGACAGUAAUUCACAUGGUGGUUUUCAAUAGACGUUUUAAUGUCACUUUUUGGGCAAAUUACUAUGAAUAAACCUUUACACAUUUUA